UGUAAAGAGUUCACUCAAGCACAGGGCAGAAAUACGUGAGGAUUGCCAAUACUGUAUUCCGGUUUUCGCCCGUGCGUGCAUAUCAUACGAUAUUUAAUUUCGAAGGGAAGUCAUCGUAACUUGCAAAGGUUAGCUUCCGAAAACAUCAUGGAGGUAGAAGUACUCCAUUGUACCAGUGGGAAGUUAAUAGCUCAUUUAACAGACUUGCCACCUACAAGCACAAUCUAUGAUGUGAAGAAAGAAAUUCAUAAAAUUAAAAAGAAACUACACCCGAGUCGACAGGCCCUUAGGUUGGAAUCCCGUGGUAAGUUUCUAAGCGACAGCUUAGGCUUGGAGUCCAUAGAUUUCCGAGGCCAAAAGCAGCUGUACUUGAAAGAUCUGGGACCACAAGUGGGAUGGAAAACAGUGUUUUUACUGGAGUAUGCAGGCCCUCUCGCAUUGUAUAUUGUAGCUUAUUUGCGCCCAGCAAUUUUAUAUGGAACUGCUGCUACCACGAAAAUACAUCCUGUUGUUCAUUUAGCUUUGGCCUGCUGGACUGUCCAUUAUUCAAAGAGAUUGCUGGAAACACUCUUUGUUCACCGUUUCUCGCAUUCUACCAUGCCACUUCGUAAUUUGUUUAAGAAUUGCUCCUACUAUUGGUUAUUUGGCUUGUACAUUGGCUACUAUGUUAAUCAUCCUCUGUACACACCUCCUAGUUAUAGUAAUGUUCAAAUGUAUCUUGGUCUUGCUGGUUUUGUCUUUGCCGAGUUGGGAAAUUUGAGUAUUCACCUUGCUCUGCGCAAUCUGCGACCUGCAGGAAGUACAGAGAGAAAAAUUCCUCUUGCAACUGGCAAUCCGUUUACAUAUCUUUUCAACUUGGUUUCCUGUCCCAACUACACGUAUGAAGUUCUGUCCUGGAUAUCAUUUUCUGUAAUGACACAGUGCUUACCAGCUGGUCUCUUUACUUUGGCGGGGCUGUACCAGAUGACCGUAUGGGCUCUCGGAAAACACCGCAACUAUAAAAAGGAAUUCCCCAAGUAUCCCAAGAACAGAAAAGCUAUCAUUCCAUUUAUUCUUUGAAAUACUAUAUUUUUGUGUUGGUUUGCUUUGUAGCUGGUCUCAAAAUACAGGCAUUCCAAUUUACAUUCACUACUUAAAAUGUUUUUGUUUUCAGUGUUACUUUUCUAAACUCUGAUAUUUACUGUUGGAUUGUCAGUGGCUCAUUAAAAUUUUUGGAUAUAUAUAGAAGUA